AUGACGAAGUACUACACUGGGUACAGUCCAAGAUCGAUUCUGAUUACUAAAAGCGCGAGUCAUUUAGCAGGAGACAUUGGUCAAGAUGUAAUCAACACCGCUCCAGGGGCCGGAGAAGGUCUGGCCAAGCCAUCCGUUGAUCUCCGCGAGGAGGCUCGCAGUGGAGAUGGUGGGAACGUCGAAGAGCUGCUCGAUAGUGUAGGCACAGCUUUAGAAAAGGACAUGUGA